CAAGGCCUGACAGUGCAGCUGGCCGCUCUGGGUGGGGCAGAAGGGUCAAGAUGAAAGCACCUCUAUUUAACUCAGUUUGGAGGUUCAGUCCUCUGGGCACACACCCUAGUGCCAGGGACCACUGGAAUUGGCAGGGGACCCAGAAUGCUUAUUUUGUCCUCCUCUGUCCCUCUAAGAGCCAGAAUGACAGGGUGGCCAUUCCUGUUGAGUAUGGAUUCUUCCAUUGAACGGCUGUGUGUCCAUAUAACAAGUAAUGUCACCUUUCUGGGCUUCAGUACCCUUCCUCUUCCUCUCCUCCUAAAAUGGAUUAUGCUACUACAACUACUAGAGUUGCCAAAAGCAUUAGGUAUCAUAAAAAUACUUAAUCCUAUUCUGGAUUUAUCGAGCAUCAACAUGAGCCAGGAACGUGCUAAGUGUUUUGCGUGAGCAGUGCCUGGCAAAUGUAAGCUCACAGUAACAGAUGCCAUUUUUCUGGUCGUAUUAUUAAUGGUAGGUAGGACCAGGCUGAGCACAGGAGGUGAUUGGGUCCCCCGCCCCCACCUACUGGCUGAGUGAUAUUUGGCGUGUCUCUGCACGCUCCUACUAGCCUCCUUCCUUAGUUUCCCGUCUGCAAAACGUGAUGCCAACAAGACCCCUAGAGGUUUCCCCCUGUUAUGAGUUCUAAGUCCUGACGGCUCACUCCUUCUGACCUCAGGAGGCUCCCACCUCCCUCUGCAGGUCCAGGCACCGGACCUGGGAGGCGCUGAGUGGGGGGCAGGGCGGGCAAGCCUCGGCAGGCGAUUGGACUACGGGGGGAAGGAGGGAGGAGCGGCGGCUGCACUGCGGAGCCCAGAGGGCCAGCUGCGCGGCCUGUGGACGCGGGAUGGCAGGGGCGAGCUCCACGCCCUGUCCCCGUCUAAGCUACCACCUUUACUUCCACCAGGCUGGGAACCAGGGCUUCCUUGGUUGUGGUCAGCAAUGAGUCUGGAUGACAAUUUAUCGGGCACGAGCGGUAUGGAAGUGGACGACCGCGUGUCGGCGCUGGAGCAGCGGCUGCAGUUACAGGAAGACGAGUUGGCGGUCCUAAAGGCGGCGCUGGCGGAUGCUCUGCGUCGCCUGCGGGCGUGCGAAGAACAGGGAGCGGCGCUGCGAGCGCGGGGCACCCCCAAGGGCCGGGCGCCUCCGCGCUUAGGCACCACUGCCUCGGUGUGUCAGCUCUUGAAAGGCCUUCCCACCAGGACGCCCCUUAAUGGCUCGGGACCCCCGCGGCGCGUGGGUGGCUAUGCCACGUCCCCAUCCUCUCCCAAGAAGGAGGCGACCUCCGGGCGCAGCAGUGUCCGCCGCUACUUGUCACCAGAGCGCCUCGCCUCGGUGCGCCGCGAGGACCCCCGCAGCCGGACCACAUCCUCCAGCAGCAACUGUAGCGCCAAAAAGGAAGGCAAAACCAAAGAAGUUAUCUUCAGUGUGGAGGAUGGCUCCGUGAAAAUGUUCCUGAGGGGCCGCCCUGUGCCCAUGAUGAUCCCAGACGAGCUGGCACCCACCUACAGCCUGGACACACGCUCGGAGCUGCCUUCUUGCCGGCUCAAGCUGGACUGGGUCUAUGGCUACCGUGGCCGAGACUGCCGGGCCAACCUUUAUUUGCUGCCCACCGGGGAGAUAGUGUACUUUGUGGCCUCCGUGGCCGUGCUGUACAGCGUGGAGGAGCAGAGGCAGCGACACUACCUGGGACACAACGAUGACAUCAAAUGCUUGGCCAUCCACCCAGAUAUGGUCACCAUCGCCACGGGACAGGUGGCGGGCACCACUAAGGAAGGGAAGCCACUGCCGCCCCACGUGCGCAUCUGGGACUCAGUUUCCCUCUCCACCUUACACGUGCUGGGCUUGGGGGUGUUUGACAGAGCCGUGUGCUGUGUGGGCUUCUCCAAAUCCAAUGGGGGCAACCUGCUGUGUGCAGUGGACGAAUCCAAUGAUCACAUGCUCUCAGUGUGGGACUGGGCCAAGGAGACCAAGGUGGUGGAUGUCAAGUGCUCCAAUGAGGCUGUAUUGGUGGCCACCUUCCACCCCACGGACCCCACUGUGCUUAUCACCUGCGGGAAAUCUCACAUCUACUUCUGGACCUUGGAGGGGGGCAGCUUGAGCAAGCGGCAAGGCCUCUUUGAGAAACAUGAGAAACCGAAGUAUGUGCUGUGUGUGACCUUUUUGGAAGGUGGCGACGUGGUCACGGGGGACUCUGGGGGGAACCUCUAUGUUUGGGGCAAAGGUGGGAACCGUAUCACACAGGCGGUGCUGGGUGCCCAUGAUGGCGGCGUGUUUGGGCUCUGCGCCCUGCGGGACGGGACGCUGGUGUCCGGAGGGGGUCGUGAUCGGCGGGUGGUCCUCUGGGGUUCUGACUACAGCAAGCUGCAGGAAGUGGAGGUCCCCGAGGACUUUGGCCCCGUGCGCACGGUGGCGGAGGGCCACGGAGACACACUGUACGUGGGGACCACCCGCAAUUCCAUCCUGCAGGGCUCCGUGCACACAGGCUUCUCGCUGCUGGUCCAGGGCCAUGUGGAAGAGCUGUGGGGCCUGGCCACACACCCCAGUCGGGCCCAGUUUGUGACCUGCGGGCAGGAUAAGCUGGUGCAUCUGUGGAGCUCAGAGUCCCACCAGCCCCUGUGGAGCAGGAUCAUCGAGGACCCUGCCCGCUCAGCCGGCUUCCACCCCAGUGGCUCUGUCCUGGCUGUGGGUACAGUGACUGGCAGAUGGCUGCUGCUGGACACGGAGACCCAUGACCUGGUGGCUAUCCACACAGACGGCAAUGAACAGAUUUCAGUGGUCAGCUUCUCCCCAGACGGGGCGUACCUGGCCGUGGGCUCCCACGACAACUUGGUGUACGUGUACACGGUGGACCAGGGCGGCCGCAAGGUCAGCCGCCUGGGCAAGUGCUCGGGCCAUUCCAGUUUUAUCACCCACCUGGAUUGGGCCCAGGACAGCAGCUGCUUUGUCACCAACUCCGGGGACUAUGAGAUUCUGUACUGGGACCCGGCUACCUGUAAGCAGAUCACCAGUGCGGAUGCUGUGAGGAACAUGGAAUGGGCCACAGCUACUUGUGUCCUGGGGUUUGGGGUGUUUGGGAUCUGGUCUGAGGGGGCGGACGGCACUGAUAUCAACGCUGUGGCCCGCUCCCAUGAUGGGAAGUUGCUGGCUUCAGCUGAUGACUUUGGCAAAGUUCACCUGUUUAGCUACCCCUGCUGUCAGCCUCGAGCCCUCAGCCACAAGUACGGUGGACACAGCAGCCACGUGACAAAUGUGGCCUUCUUGUGGGAUGACAGCAUGGCCCUGACCACGGGGGGCAAGGACACCAGUGUGCUACAGUGGCGGGUGGUCUGAUGCAGCCAGGGAAGAGUCAGGUGUCAGGGCAGGAAUUCUAUUUUCGGGAGAUGUCUAUUGCCGAGUAGAGUAAUAUAUACCCAGAGUAUGUCUAUAGCAGAGGGGGUUAUUGGGGUGGGAGGGUAGACUGACAGACAGAAGUCUCUAUUUAUCUGGGUGGGAAGAGGGAGUCACAUUGCUUUGGGGAUCCAUCGGUGUUUGGUUUGGGGUGUUUUUUAAGUUUUUUCUUUUAUAUCAUCCAGAAAUAAAGUCACGUACACUAA